AUGGUAUUGUUUCAAGGUCAAUUCGAAGCAUGGAUUACCCUAGAUAGGUCCGAUGGAGCGAAGAGGGAAGAAUACGCUAUUGAGGUUGACGAACAAAGGAAACUGGUGACUUGUUGGAUCGCGUCUGAAGUGGGGAAGAUAAUCUUUCCAGACGUUUCAGGUUUGCUGGAAGUCUUUAACGCCAAUUUCAUAUCACUGUCAAGGGGAGCUUUUUUUGAUGGCCACUGGCUCUCGGGCAUAGUCUGCCUUCCGCAUGACAAUUUUUCAACAGUCGUACACCACAACUACCUGACUUCAUCAACAACUGCGCGGCCCUUUAUGUUCCCGUCGCUUGAGCUCACAGACGAUGAUGUAUAUCUCUCAACCAAUUACGCCAAAGAUAUUGGGGAGAUCCGACUGACACUCAAACAAGUCAGACCUGGCGAAAUGACGGUACCCUGUCCAUGUCAGCAGUUGGACCUACCCCCCAUGGACAGAAAGAUUCAUGAACGCUCAAAGCAAAUGAUGGCACACAGGAUCGGAAAUCUCGGCAAGUUGUAUUCGACCUAUCUGGCGACAGCCACGGAUCUGAUCUCUGCUUUUUGUCUAGCUAUGCUCCAAGCAAAUGGCGUUGUUCAGUCAUCGCCCGACUCUCGACUUCAAGCCCCCGAGCCCCCGAGGAGGGCACCCAAACGUUCAUUAGAGCAGGAAGAUGGUCAAGACAGCGAGGAGGACGGGGACGAUGAGGACGACGACGACGAUGAGGAGGAGGAGAAAGCCUUGCUGGCCAAGCUUGCGGAAGUUCGUGCUAGGCGCGGGAACAGGGAUACACAGCGUCCACGGAAGAAAGUAAAGAUGGAAGAUACACCCGUCGAGAUGAACUACAACAAUUCGCCUGGAAGCAUCAUUGAUCUCACAUAG